CCGUUGUCGACUUGGCAGUGAGGCUUAUUUUACGCCUGGCCUCCCGCUUAUUCUCAAUAAUAUUGAGUGCUUCUCACUUCUCACCGGUAAUCGCUAAAUCGAAUCGCGUGCAUCACAUAUGGCAACAAAAGAUGCGCAUGCGGUUAAAAUCAACUGCUGGGGUUACAACAAGCUGCGGGCUUUUAGUGGAUUGUCAUUGUAUUCAGCAACUUGUUUUUAACCAAGAUUCAUUACCUCCUGUAUACAAACAGUGCUACAUUAUAAUGACAGCGUUACAGGUUAUUCUUAUCGCCAUGAUCUUCUGUGCUAAUUUCUCUAUAUCAAAUGGAUCCCCACCAGUCAAAUAUUCGAACAAUUUCGAAGUAGUCGAGCACGGCAAUGACAAGACGGUACCGCGAGUGCAACGCGUAUUUGCCUCCUCCAUAGCGGGAUCCAAGCAUCGUUGCGCCGUGAAAUGCUUGAAGAACGAUCGCUGCUGGCAGUUCUGCUAUGUAGCAACCACUGGCCAAUGUGUGCUGCAGGAUGCCUCCUUAGCCCCAAAGUCUGGAGGGCCGUCCAAAGUCGACAACUGCACUUAUUUCUCGAGAAAAGUUUGUAGCAGCACCUACCAACUUGAGCCCCGUCAGAACCUGUUCGCGUUUCCUGCUUUUAAUGGAAAUGAAUUCGUAUUGGACUUCUCCGUUCAAUCAGAUCGUGCAGCAAAGAUCGCCUUGUCUACGGAUGGCACGAAGGCAAACAGCAAGUACCAUCUAGUUCUCGGGCACGGCGAUAAUACAAAGACCACCAUCCGAAGAUGCCAUUCCUGCAGUGUACUGCAUUCUGUAACAACCCUGGGUUUCUUGAGCGAGCACGAGAUGCGACGCUUCUGGCUGCGGUACGAUCACGGCGCCUUCGCCGUAGGCAAACACCAGCAAACAGCGUUCUUCGAAUGGACCGACCCACAACCCCAAGAUACACCCAUGCGUUUCUUUGGUUUUGCUAGCUUUAAUGAACCCCAGAUUUGGGCCGCCUAUCAUACAUGCAACUGAGUUUCACAUCCCAGGGAAACUAUGUAGUCGAUGUGAGGAGGUAAAGCUUCAGCUAUUGCUAGUGUGCUGUAUGGGAACUUACGAACGUGCAUAAUAUUUCUGUCAAAAUCAGACU